UGUGGGGAAAUAGACUUCACGAUUUUCACCCGGGCCGUGGAGGUGGUUUACGCCAAAGGCAUCCCGGCAGGCUCCAUCAAAGCCAUCUGGACUUUCCUGGGCAAAGACGACAAGGGGAACCUCGAAGGGAUGGAAUUCGUAGUAGCCAUGCACCUGACUGAUAAAUAUUAUUCCACGCCCAGCUCUCUGCCCCUAAUAUUGACGCAGCUGUUCAGCACAGACGCCUUGGCCGCACUCUUUCUGUAUGCACUGCAUGGCGCGACAUGGCCCACGAUGGCCCGGCGCUCUAGAGCCAUCGCGGCUCGGGACACGUUCACUUCCGCUUUGGUCCCCGGGCCUCCCGGUAGACUUCAGUCAGUCUCUUAG